UUCUGUCACUAAUUCCAGCUCAACUAUGCAUAGAUAGGAAAUCAUUUUAAAUUUGAUUGGGAAUAUAAUUUUGGCCACAAUCCCAUCCAAAAUUUGUCUUGUUUGGAUGUUAACAUGAGGGCCCUCCUUGGUACUGGAGCCUGCAUGAAGAUCUGUAGGUUUAGGGCACGUUGGUACAGUAAGAACAAGACCUAUGUCCCAACAAAGGAGCUGUGCGAGAUGAUGAAAAGAGCCAUAGAAGCGAGGGCUCAUAAAGCGGCUUCAUCGUCUCGUAGCCGAGCGAUGCAAGUACAAACUCCGGAAACUCCUGCUCUGGAAACCCUCUGUCGGGCAAUAACACCCUCCAAUUCCAAUUCAUCUGGAUCCUCAAGCCAGGCAGGAGGUGAUGGAGAUCGGGGCGUAGCUCCCACUCAUCAGCCUUCGAAACGCGUCUCAGUACCGAUUCCGCCCUUUCCAAAUCAGGAAACAGAUUCUGAACUUGAACCAGUUUUGGAAAGAACAAAACCAGUAACACCAACCUUAUUCAAGUGUAAGGAUUGUCAAAACUUUCAUCCAAACCGUGGAACAGCUAGCGGUGAUGAACCACUUAGUAAGAACUUCCACAAUUCAGAAACACCAGUGGCUGAACCGAACUUCAGAUCUUCAAAAUCGAAUAUGUUAGAAUCGUCAAUAACAUUGAGUCCAGCAGCCUUUCCCCUUGGAACACAUCUUCGAAAAGGCGGCACAGAACUAUCAAAAAAUAACAAGCCCGAUUGGGAUUCAUUUAUAAUGCCACCUCAAUCACUAUCUGAAUUUGACGAAAAAACUCCAUCGACAAUGAAAAUAGAAGACAAUGUUUCCGACUACCUGGCUCCAAUCGCACAUGCAACGGGCACUGGAACAACCUCAAAGAAGUCCGAACCUAACAACGGAUCAGUCCUGAAAGAUCCCUUGAAACAAAUCAAACCUAUCCAAGGAUCCAUUGAGCCUAAAAGUAAAAAUGUUACACCGCAAAGCCAAGCCAAGCCUGCGAGUAACCCAAGUCCAAAGCCAGAACCCAUAAAGCAGCCGCCAAGCAGUCAUUCAGCGCCAAAGUCAGUUCCUUUUCCAAGAGGAAGAAAUCCUUGCAUAGAUGGACCCCGAACAGGUGGGGCAGAAACAAGUGGGGCAGGGAAAUGUAAGCCAAUGAAAGAAGACCCUUGCAAGAAAAUCCCUGAGGAAGUUCCCUGCAAAGACGAUCCGCCAAAGGCCAAAGAUGACUCAUGCGAAAAACUAGACAAAGAAGAAGUGUGCCAACUCCUUUCAAAGUUGGAAGACAAUGAGAUUCGCGCACUUCUCAAUAUAAUCAAGGAAAAAGUUCCCUCCGAUGGUCCCAACAGGGUAACAAAAACGAAGCCAAAACCAAAACCUAAACCCAGCCAACCCAAAGCUCCUAUGAAAGCCGAUGUGGCAGAAAAGAAACCCGCCACAAAACCAAAAAUGACUAAUGCCAACACGGUUAAAAAAGUCGAAGCCCCUAUUAAAGAUUCCGUUAAAUCAGCUCCAUCAGCCAAGCCCGAUGGAUCAUCAAAAACGCCAGGACAGAAGUAUCAACACAAACCCGGAGAGUUACCGCCAGCUCCUCCCAGUUUUUCAAAGCCCGACGUAUCAUCCAAAACGCAGCCCAAGCCUGGAGAAUUGCCGCGUCCCCCACCCGGUUUUUCGAAGCCCGACGUAUCAUCAAAAACGCAGCCCAAGCCCGGAGGAUUACCAACUGCUCCACCUAGUUUUUCAAAGCCCGACGCAUCAUCAAAAACGCAGCCCAAGCCCAGUGAGCUACCGCGACCGCCACCGGGUUUUUCAAAGCCCGACGUACCAUUAAAAACUCAAUUCAAACCCGGAGAACUACCGACUCCUCCAGCCAGUUUUGCAAUGCCACUUUACAACGCUUUUCCACGCGGAAGAAAUCCUUGCAGAGAUGGACCUCGAACAGGUGGGACUGUUCCAAAAGAAGCCAUUGGAAAAGAAGACCCCUGUAAGAAAGUCGAAAAAGAAGAAAAAGUCGGCUGCGAAAAACCGAAAAAUGAACCUACAUGCAGUGAGCUUCAGAGCAAAGAAAUCAGGGAUUUGCUUUCUAAACUCGAAGAAAAACUUUCUUGCGGUUUCCCUGAUAAAAAAUCUACGAAGAAGCCCAUUGGUGAGCUUCCUCCGGAAUUUACAGCCGGAGAUAACCCCAAACACAGCACUCAAGAACAAAAUCAAACAUCUCAUGUCUUUCAUAUGGAGAAUGUAAAUAAAGCUCCAUCCUCUCAGAUCUUAGAAUCGCCCAAUGUUUCGGUCAAAGUGGAGGUCUCUGUUAAGGCUGAAGAGUUGAGCAAAAGCCUUGGGCAGGCUAAGAAUAUAGGUUCCUUCGCCAAGGACAAUGAUAUUAUCGAUGUUACUGCCUCCCUAUUACAGGACACGGCGAAUACGAUUAAGGCCAAAAAUCAGGCGGAACAGGAAGAAAGGCCUUUCCAAUCAGAGUCGACUGAAACAAAAGAUCUGGAGGGAACUGAAACCAAAUCUUGUCAUCAACCUAAGGAAGAUUCAGCCCCGACUACAAUGGAACCUUUUUCUCAAUCUAAACAAAAACCAAAGGAAGAUCUGGAAGGAGCUGCAAUGGAACCUUCUCCUCAACCUAAUGAAAGUCCGAAUGAAGAUCUAGCGGGAGCUGCAACGAAACCAAAAGAAGAUGAUCUGCCGCCUCCCCCGCCUAGCGAUUGCAAUGCACUUUAUGGCGCAUUCCUACGUGGACGAAGCCCUCACCGUGAGUUUAAAAAAGAAGGGCCCUCUGUGGAAUACGAGGAAUCAAAAGGUAAGGGCGAGGACGGUGAUAGGUUGAAUAAGCUCGAUAGGGAAAUACGUACUCUUCGAAAGAUGCUGAGUGAGGAAAGAUCCAAGAAUAGCAAGUUCAAGGAUCCAGUCAACAGUGUUCUACCAACUGACGAAAAAGGAAUGCCAAAAUGUCAAAGCGGAGAAAAUGAGACUUCUGGCGUCAAUAAAAUGGGCUACGUAAAUACACAAGAAAAGCAGGAAACUAUACGCCUGUUAGAGGUUGAAGUACCUGGAUCCGAUAAAGAUGGAAUUGAUAGCCUUGGAAGUCCGGUUAAAGCUGAGAAUUCCUUUGAUGUCGUCGCUGAGACUGCUCCUGCGGUUACAGCCAAAGCUCAACCAGAAAAAGCAUCAAAGCCUGAAUCGCAACGGCUUACCGUGUAUGCCUCACCACGAUUUGAUGCAUUUUCCCGUGACAGAAAUCCUUGCAGAGAUGGGCCAAGGGGAUCCGCCAAAAAGGAAGCUAUCAAAAAAAUCGAAAAUCAAGAAGAAAAAGAAUUUAAGAAACUAUCCCAAUCUGUUAAAAAUAAAGAACAAAGUUCCCAGUCAAAGUGCCCUAAAACGACAGCCUCAAGCCCACCUCAACCAAAAGAAAAAAAAGACUUUCUUUCUUGUCCCAAGAAGAGCAGCGAACAGGAAAGACUGGCUACAAUGACUCUAAGAGAGGCAAGGGAGAAAAGACUCGGAAAACCUAAAGAAUGCGUAAAAAAUAACUUAUCUGUAAGUGUGCAGAAGGAAAACAAGGAAAAAAUGGGAGAAAAAACCAAGAAUGCCCAAACAAAAACGGCAUCUUCUGCGAGUGUGGCAAAAGAAAAGCCUAAAACAAGCAAGGCACCUGCUGCAAGUGUGUCAAAGGAGAAGCCUAAACCAAACCUAGCACCCGCUGCAAAUGCCGUAAAGGAAAAAACAAAUGAAAAGCCCAAAGAAGCUGAAAAAACAAAAAAAAGUGAGGCAUCAGCUGGCAAGCAAACGGCCGGAACUUGUGGUAAGGUUUGCAGUUUUGAAGUGAACCUUUGUAAGGACGAACCUGAAGAUGAUAAGCCAAAGCUAAAGACCUUUCCAGUGGCACCGCUUAGUGACACGCUGAAAGGGUACCUAAAUAGUAUCAAGCCACUACUCACUGAGAAGGAAUUCGAAAAGGAAGUGGAGUUGACCAAGGAGUUUGAGGAGAACGAAGGAGCAGAUCUUCAGGGACUUCUGCUGGAGGCUGCCGAGGGCGUCUGCAACUGGCUGACCCCACGCUGGACAACUGCCGCCUAUUUGAGCUACCAAGCACCGGUGACGGUAUUCUCCAGUCCAGGAAUGUCCUUUCCAUUUCAAAAAUUCAAGAGCGAAAAAGAAUUUCUCACUUACACCGCCAAAGCCAUUCACGCUGUUGUGGAAUUCAAGGAGAUUGUGGAAGACAAGAAAAUGCCAACGACCAAACUGGGCAGCCAGUAUUUGGAUAACAGUCAGUUUGGCAUGAUCUUUGGUACAGUGCGAACGCCAGGACGAUUUUGUGAUAAAAUCGAACAGCACAAGGACUCAAAGUACGUUGUAGUUGCCUACAAAAAUAAUUAUUAUAAGUUACCAGUUUAUGCGGCUGAUGGAAAACUUCUGCACGUGCACAUCUUAAGAGACCAACUGGAGGGUAUCAUCAAGUGUCCUGUUCCGAAAGGAGAACCAUUUGGGCUACUGACCCACGACAAUCGUGGAAAUUGGGCCGAAGCCUACACAUGUCUCUGUGCGCCGCCCGUUAACAACUAUUCCGUCCAGACCAUUGAGGAGUCCAUGUUCGUGGUCUGCCUAGAUGAGUUUGUGUCGUUUCCCAAGGGCUUGGAGAAUGUAGUGCAGGCUCACCAACUGCUCCAUGGGGGGGGUUUGGAUAAAAAUAGUGGCAACCGAUGGAUGGACAAGACCAUUCAGCUGAUAGUUAAUCCAAAUGGGAUGGGUGGCAUCUGCUACGAACAUUCGCCGGCUGAUUGCCAGCCUCUAGCAACCUUGAUGGACUUUGUUAACCAAAAAUUACUUCAACCCAAUUAUGGUUGCGAAUCCUGUGAAGCUAACGAACCAGUAACGGUCAAUUGCCUUGCCUUCCAGCCACUGGACGAUUGUGUUAACCUUUGGCUAUGUGAGGCUAAGCGGAAUAUCCAGAAAAUUGUCAACAUGCUGCAGCUGGAAAUAUACCACUAUGAGUGCCAUGGCAAGGACUUCAUCAGCGCACAAGGACUCUGUGUGGACAGCUAUAUCCAAAUGGCCCUGCAAUUGGCUUACUAUUCCAUGCAUGGCACCUUGCCCGCCCAGUAUGAGUCCGCCCACCUACGGAUCUUUAAGGAGGGACGGACAGACACAAUUCGAUCGACAUGUGUCGAAUCGAAGGCCUUCGUCCAGUCGAUGACAUCGCCGGACGCAAGCAACAAGCAACGAAUGGCUGCCCUUCAAAACGCCUUAGAUGCCCACCAAAAGCUAACAGUUGCGGCAAUCAACGGCGAAGGUAUCGAUCGUCACCUAUUCGGACUGCAGCAGAUGGCUCUGGAGAACGAAUUGCCGCUGCCGGAAUUCUUUCAGUCCAAAGGAUUUAUGCGCUCCAUAACCUUUGAGAUGUUUACCUCGCACGUGGCCACCGAAAACGACAGCUUUAUGGUUUUUGGACCACUGGUGGCCCAAGGUUACGGCUGCUGCUAUAAUCCGCAAGACGAAAAGAUUGUCUUCUCCAUCUCAGCCUGGAAGUCAAAUCGCCAUAUGGACGUUAGGCGCUUUGGCCUGGCUGUCAAAAUGUCAUUGGAGUCUAUGAGACAGGUAAUCAUCCUGACGGGAGGUAAUCGACAGGGCGAGAAUUGUGGCGAUUGUCCAUAAACUCAUUUUCCUGUACCCUCAUGUUUUAAACUUCAGGACAAGGCCAAUAAAAUUUUCUGUGUCAUUUUAUUUGGAUGCAUUAGCCGCUAAA